UAAUUAAAUUCAUUAACAAAUUCUAUGCUCUCCAUUUCCUUAUCUUUCUUCUUCUUCUUCUUCUUCUUCCUCGAUCUCCAAUGUUCUCUCUUCUUGCAAAAGAAAAGAUUCUAAAUAGAUAGUAUAAAGCUUGGAUAUCUUUUACUUGUUGGUGGUGUGAAUAAAAAAACUGAUAUAUAUAUAUAUAUACGCUUAUUGAUAGAGAUAUAAUUAAAGAUGGAUUUGGUGAAUUCGUUCUUGAAUUUCGUGGUGCCACCAGCGAGCUUGUUGAUGCUUGCGUUUUCAUGGCCGACUUUGUCAUUCAUCAAUGUUUGUGAGUGGAUUUAUGAUACUUACUUCAGAGAAAUUGAUAUGGACAACAAGGUCGCCGUCAUCACUGGCGCUUCUUCUGGAAUUGGAGAACAAAUUGCCUAUGAAUAUGCAAAGAGAGGGGCCAAUCUUGUGCUGGUUGCACGAAGAGACACCAGACUCCGGGGAAUUGCUGAAAAUGCUCGGCGCUUGGGUUCAAGGAAUGUGUUGAUAAUGGCUGCGGACGUUGUCAAGGAAGACGAUUGUCGAAGAUUCAUCACGGAAGCCAUAAACUUUUAUGGCCGAGUGGAUCAUCUAGUAAACACAGCAAGUUUGGGCCACACUUUCUUUUUUGAGGAAGCUACUGAUCCAUCAGUGUUUCCAAUACUAUUGGACAUAAACUUUUGGGGCAAUAUUUAUCCUACAUAUGUUGCUCUUCCUUAUCUCCGCCAAACAAAGGGUCGCAUUGUCGUCAAUGCAUCUGUAGAGAAUUGGUUACCAUUACCAAGGAUGAGCUUAUAUGCCGCGGCGAAAGCGGCGUUGAUAAACUUCUACGAGACAUUGAGGUUUGAGGUGAAGGAUAAUGUUGGAAUUACAAUUGCGACACACGGCUGGAUAGGAACAGAAAUGGCCCGUGGAAGAUUCAUGGUAGAGGAAGGUGCAGAGAUGCAAUGGAAAGAAGAAAGAGAAGUACAUGUGACCGGAGGUCCAGUGGAGGAGUUUGCAAAAUUGAUUGUGGACGGGGCAUGUAGAGGGAACGCGUAUGUAAAAUACCCGAGCUGGUACGACGUAUUCUUCGUGUUCAGGGUGUUUGCUCCUAAUAUAUUAUACUGGACCUUGCAAAUGCUGUCUACAAACCAUGUGGUGAGAAGGACAUCUUACAUUGGGACUGGAAGGCCACUUUAUUUGGAAGGUUCACCUCCGAGGAAAUUUCUUACAGCCGGUCCUAGUACUCAAGUACCUGUUCAACAGCAGCUGAAAAUGGAAUGAAUGACGUCCGAACUUUUUUGGUCCUGCAUUUAGAUUCUCCUUUACCUUAUCUUGUUUCGCGGGAUUUCUUAUGCUGAAGGAUUUGUCAUUUGUGGUUGAUAAAUUUGUGUCAAACAUGGUUUGGGAAACUUUCAUUGCAGAGUGAAGGAGACAUUAAUAAAUUAAGGUCAUUUAUUUACAAUUUUGUACUGACAACUUUUCUGCUUUCCUUUAUAUGUGAUAUGAAGACGAGUGAAAUUGUACAAUUUGUCAUCGGUCCUGUGACAAAACUAUAGUAGGUCAUCGGUCCUGUAAGUAACAAAUUGUUUCCUUUUUGUGACUUCAACAACUUAUAAUUAAACGUCC